CUCUCUCUCUCUCUCCAUGUUAUUCUAUCUAUCUUUAGACACACACAUGCAUUAUUGCCUUUUUCUUGUGUAUUUAAGCACAUCCAUUUCAGCCAUCUUUGCAUACGUUUCUCAAUACAAAGAGCUGGGUUAAGUGUAUUGGUAUUGCUACUACUCACUAUUAAGUAAGAGAGAGAUCUUUGCCAAUAUGUUGGAGCUAGCUUUCAGAAAGGCCAAGCCAUAUUUGCUCAUGGUUGCUUUGCAGUGGGGCACUGCUGGGAUGUACCUCAUCAGUGAAGUUACUCUGAAACAGGGGAUGAGCCGAUUCACCCUUAUUGUCUACCGCAAUGCCAUUGCUGCUCUCACCAUCGCCCCUUUCGCCUUCUUCCUUGAAAGGAAAAUAAGGCCGAAGAUGACAAUAUCAAUCUUCAUGAAGAUCUUGGUCCUGGCUGUUCUAGAGCCAAUUCUUGAUCAAAACUUGACCUACUUGGGAAUGAAACUGACUUCAGCAUCGUUCGCGUCUGCCAUUAUGAAUGCUGUUCCGGCUGUCACCUUCGCCAUUGCAAUUCUUCUCCGAUUAGAGCAUGUAAAGAUAAGAGAAGUACGCAGCCAAGCAAAAGUGAUAGGAACCCUAGUGACAUUUUCAGGAGCUCUUGUGAUGACAGUAUACAAAGGCCCCAUCAUUGAUCUAUUCUGGACCCCGAAAUCCAGCCACUUUCUGCAUGAUGAUCAUGUUUCCAACGAAAAACACUGGCUCACUGGGACUAUAUGUCUCCUUGUUGGCUGUUCAGCCUGGUCUUGUUUCUUCAUUGUCCAAUCAAUAACGGUGACGAAGUACCCAGCAGAGCUUUCCUUGGCCCUCUGGAUAUGCCUAAUGGGCACAAUUCUGAGUGCAGCUGUAACCCUUGUAGCUGAGCACAAUCACCCUGGUGUUUGGUCCCUUGGCUGGGACUCUCGGCUUCUUGCUCCUCUUUAUUCGGGGAUAAUUGGGUCAGGAAUCACAUACUAUGUGCAAGGCCUGGUGAUGAAGACAAGAGGUCCAGUCUUUGUCACAGCCUUUAACCCUCUUUGCAUGAUCAUUGUGGCUGUUCUGAGCUCCUUCAUUCUAGCUGAAAAACUCCACCUUGGAAGCAUAAUCGGAGCCAUCAUCAUAGCUGUUGGGCUUUAUGCUGUGGUUUGGGGAAAGAGCAAGGAUCAUCGGCAUCUUGGUCCCAUGACAUUGCCAGAUGAAGGAGCCGGGGAGCUGCCAGUUACUGGCAACAAUAAUAAUAUUGUUGACAAGCCUGCUGCCUCUGCUAUGCAAGUUGUCAAUUGAUUUUUCUUGCCAUGUCUCCAUUGGUCUGAAAGCUCUGAUCAAGGCUUAAGUUUGGUCACUGUACUAAUGUUAAUGAUCAGUGAUCGUCAUAAUCAAAUUUCAACAAUUUGCAUGGUAGAGCA